CAGAAAAUCCCGCAAAUACAGUUCCCUCACGCACACUAUGGAUGGGUGAUAUCGAGCCCUGGUGGAACGAGGAAUUUAUCACCGAUGUGUGGGCCAAAACAAAUAAACGUGUUCUUGUGAAAGUUAUAAAGCCUCGCCAGAAUGCCCUUGUGCACCAAUUGGCACACUCUGGAUAUUGUUUUGUUGAGUUCGAGACUCCCGAAGACGCGAAAGAGGCGUUGAAGCUCAACGGAACCAUUAUUCCAAACACAACAGAUAAACUUUUCCGUCUCAAUUGGGCAUCUGCCGCGACCCUCAACUCUCAGAUAGCCCAGACCCCUGAAUACUCGCUUUUCGUUGGAGACCUCUCACCCGCAACUACUGAAGCGCAUUUGCUCGCACUUUUCCAGACGCACUUUAGCACGGUGAAAACAGUGCGAGUCAUGACUGACCCGACCACCGGCUUGUCACGAUGCUUUGGCUUCGUGCGAUUCUCGAGCGACGAGGACCGGCAAAAAGCUCUUGUCGAGAUGAACGGCAAAUGGUUGGACGGAAGACUAAUCCGCGUCGCUUUGGCCACUCCCAAACACCAAAAUCAACUAUUCCGGAAACACCAAAUCCCAAUUGAGCUAGACCCUUACCACGCUCCAGGAAUGCCCCCUAUUGGCUACUAUGCCCCGCCCCAACCGCCUCCUGCUUAUUCCGAUCCUACAAAUACCACCGUCUUCGUGGGUGGACUGUCAAACAAUAUUACCGAAGCCACUCUUCUUUCGAUUUUCGAGCCUUACGGCCAAAUUGUCCAUGUGAAGGUGCCGCCUGGGAAAGGCUGUGGGUUUGUCAAGUUCACGCAGCGCACAGAAGCCGAACGCGCAAUCGAGCAGCUCCAGGGAUACGUGAUCGACGGCUCGAGGGUCAGACUCAGCUGGGGAAGAUCCAACAGAAACCACAUGAUGGCAGCUCCUGGCAUUGCCCCUGGCAUGCCUCAACACCAGCCACCCGCUCAAGGGCCCCCACAAACACCAGGUAUGAUGAUGCCUGGAAUGGGUCCACCAAUGUUCUACGAUCCCUACGCAGCAGAGUCUCAAUAUGUCGACCAAAAUGGCCAGUACAUGUAUGUGCCGCACUACGCUUCUAUGUUGCCCCCGGAAAAGACCGACGACAUGUAGAAUAAACGAAAAAGACAGUUUGAUGGAUUAUACAUUAGCAUAGUUUGCUAAGAUGCUGUCAAUUUGGGCCUUGUCCAUUUGUGUCCACUCCUCGAUAGAAUACGAAUCGGUGAUUUUCUUAUUCCACUCCAUGCGGUUCUUUAUCACUUCCGGUGACUCACCAGGGUGAAUCUUGGUGCGCAGCGCGGUACGCAGAUAGUCAAGGUUCUCUAUAGCUUUCCGGAUGUCCAGUUGUUCAAACACGGGUUUGAUCUUAUGUUCUUUUAGUCUGUUUGUGAACCGGGGGGAUUUGCCAUUGGAGCUGAUCAUUAUUUGUAACGGACCCUGUCUAUAGGUAGAGCCAAAAUAAAAAUCACAAUUUUUAGGUUUAUCAGCAAGAUUAACGUUCAGGCCCAGCUGCCGGCAGCGAUAGUAAAUUUGUAAGCUCAGCUCGUAGUUGUUGAGACAAGUGAGCACCAUAGCAAACCGACCGCUCGAAAUGCGCUCUAUUUCGUCGCGAUCGUGGUUGAUAUCCAGCUUGCUGAUGUCUCCUGGUUCUUGAUACAUCUCAAGAUCUUCCAUUCUGAAUUCGCGUUCUAUCACUUUGACAAGUCCUAACUCAGAGUACUUGCGGACCGACGGAUGGAUUUCUGGAGCCACCACUGUGAUCUGUGCAUCUGCUUGCAAUAAAUGAUUCACCCUAGAUAAUCCAACAUCCCCAGCACCUACAACGAGCACAUGCUUGUCUGAGGUUAGCAAAUUGGUUUCAGACACUCACUCUUGACCUGCCACGCGAGCAUCAACGAGCCAUGCGGCUCCGGAAUUGCAAUAGAAGACAUGUCAAUCUAAUUCCUUGAUGUACAAUUUUCCACCUCCAGAUUGCUAUUUGCUUACCCGGUCAUCAGUGGAAUGUACUUGCACGUCCGUGAUACCGAUUUCGUUGUCUGGAUUUAAAUCGCUCUCUUUGGCCUCCGGUAAGGUGUCUCCAAGGACUUCCGGGAAUAUUCCAUAGAAAUCAGCCAAGUCGGCACUAGUUUCCUUUGGCUCGACGUCUUUAUAGUUGGUGCUUUGUUUCAGCUGCAAUCGAUACCACUCGAUGAUAAAGAUAGCAACAUCACCUUGAUGUUUAGUCGCCAAGUAGUCCGUAAUAGCAUUGGACACGUUGGGCAACAAGCCGUCCAGCUGGAAAGUCAAAUGUUCUUGUACCGAGUAGAGUCGCUGAAAUAGAAUGAUUUUAUGCUCACCGUCUGCCAGAUACCGAAUAUACUCAUUUUGAGACAGAUCCAAGGCGCGAUCUAUACCCUUUUCUCUGAUGCCUAAGUAGACAGGCAACAAUGGGAAAAUAUUAUUGAAGUCAGGCAUCGAUAUCUCGUAGACUACCUUGAGUCCUCUUUUCGAGCAUUCUAGAGUGAUUUCCUCCUGCAAAUCAGACCAUACCACUACAUGUGGCUUGCUGAACUUGAACCCUGGCCGAUUGGUAUAGUUUAUGUAGUGUAAUCCUUCCUUCUGCUUGCUGGACAAAAGGAGAGCAUUUCUUUCGGAGCGGUUGAUGACAUCUUGCAACUCAUAUCUGUCGAGCCUCAGAGCAAACGAUUUCCUGUUUUUACAAGCACAUAUGAGCAGCCCAGUAGGCUUGUGCAUGUAAAUUCCAAAGAAACUUAACAAAUCUGUGGUAAAUAAUUGGUGUUUAUCCAAGUAUUCUCUUUUAAGAGAUGGCUCUAUAAGAGGCAGCCUUGACGUCGGCAAAAG